AUGUCCCCUCAGCUGGCACAGGUGCAGAACCUGUAUCCCACAUACAGGUUCAUAAAUUCACAAAUCAUCCUGGUCCAGGGAGUGAGCUUAUGGGACCAUGGAGGAGAUUAUGAAGUUGCCAGAGCUGCUGUUCUGAAUGGAGACCUUGGGACCCCAGGGAAGAACAGUGACUCAAAGGAUCAUCCAGAAGUAUUGAAUGUUCGAAUACAACAGGAAAACAGAGAACUGAUCAUAAAUCUGGAAAGAAAUGAAGGUCUCAUUGCCAGUGAUUUCACCGAAACUCAUUAUCUACAAGAUGGUACUGAUAUCUCUCUCACUCGAAAUUACACGGGUCAUUGUUACUACCAUGGACACGUGCAAGGAUACAAUGGUUCAAUGGUCAGCCUCAGCACUUGUUCUGGUCUCAGGGGACUUAUUAUGUUUGAAGAUGAAACCUAUAUCCUAGAACCAAUGAAGAAUGCCACUGAUAAAUACAAACUCUUUCCAGCAAAGAACCUGACAAGAAUCUGGGGGUCAUGUGGUUCACAUCAAAACACAUCGGGCCAGACUGCAUAUGACUCAUUCCCAGCUGCCUCUCAGACAAGGACAAGAAGGCAUAAAAGAGAGACCCUCAAGAUGACCAAGUAUGUAGAGCUGGUUAUUGUUGCAGAUAACCGAGAGUUUCAGAGGCAAGGAAAAGAUCUGGAAAAAGUUAAGCAGCGAUUAAUAGAGAUCGCUAAUCACGUUGACAAGUUUUACAGAUCACUGAACAUCCGAAUAGUGUUGGUCGGUGUGGAAGUAUGGAACGACAUAGACAAGUGCUCCAUUAGUCAGGACCCAUUCACCAGCCUCCAUGAGUUUCUGGACUGGAGGAAGAUGAAGCUUCUACCUCGAAAAUCCCAUGACAAUGCACAGCUUAUCAGUGGGGUUUAUUUUCAAGGGACCACCAUUGGCAUGGCACCAAUCAUGAGUAUGUGCACCGCAGAACAGUCUGGAGGAGUUGUCAUGGACCAUUCAGACAGCCCCCUUGGUGCGGCCGUGACCCUGGCACAUGAGCUAGGACACAACUUCGGGAUGAACCACGACACUCUGGAGAGGGGCUGCAGCUGCAGGACAGCUGCCGACAAAGGAGGCUGCAUCAUGAACCCUUCCACUGGGUACCCGUUCCCCAUGGUCUUCAGCAGCUGCAGCAGGAAGGACCUGGAGACCAGCCUGGAGAAAGGAAUGGGGAUGUGCCUCUUCAACCUCCCUGAAGUCAAGCAGGCUUUUGGAGGCCAGAAGUGUGGGAAUGGAUACGUUGAAGAAGGAGAAGAGUGUGACUGUGGGGAGCCGGAGGAAUGUACAAAUCGCUGCUGCAAUGCCACCACCUGCACCCUGAAGUCAGACGCCGUAUGUGCACAUGGACUGUGCUGUGAAGACUGUCAGCUGAAGCCUGCGGGAACUGCAUGCAGGGGCUCCAGCAACUCCUGCGACCUCCCAGAGUUCUGCACAGGAGCAGGUCCUCACUGUCCAGCCAAUGUCUACCUGCAUGAUGGGCAGCCGUGUCAGGGAGUAGAUGGUUACUGCUACAACGGCAUCUGCCAGACCCAUGAGCAGCAGUGCAUCACACUCUGGGGACCAGGUGCCAAACCUGCCCCUGGAAUCUGCUUUGAAAGGGUCAACUCUGCAGGUGAUCCUUAUGGCAACUGUGGCAAAGAUUCCAAGAGUUCCUUUGCCAAAUGUGAGACAAGAGAUGCUAAAUGUGGAAAAAUCCAGUGUCAAGGAGGUGCCAGCCGGCCAGUCAUUGGUACCAAUGCUGUUUCUAUAGAAACAAAUAUCCCACUGCAGGAAGGAGGUCGGAUUCUAUGCCGAGGAACCCACGUGUACUUGGGUGAUGACAUGCCGGACCCAGGGCUUGUGCUUGCAGGGACAAAAUGUGCAGAUGGAAAAAUCUGCCUCAAUCGCCGGUGUCAAAAUGUUAGUGUCUUCGGGGUCCAUGAAUGUGCAACGCAGUGCCAUGGCCGAGGAGUAUGCAACAACAGGAAGAACUGCCACUGUGAGGCGCACUGGGCACCUCCCUUCUGUGACAAGUUUGGCUUUGGAGGAAGCACAGACAGCGGCCCCAUCAGGCAAGCAGAUAACCAAGGCUUAACUAUAGGAAUUCUGGUGACCAUCCUGUGUCUCCUGACUGCUGGAUGUGUGGUUUAUCUCAAAAGGAAGACCUGGAUACGACUACUAUUUACAAAUAAAAAGACAACCAUUGAGAAGCUAAGGUGUGUGCGCCCUUCCCGGCCGACCAGCGGCUCCCAGCCUGGUCAGGCUCACCUCACCCGCCAUGGAAAGGGCCUGUCGAGUAGGCUGCCACCUUCUCACACAGCCAAGGAUAGAAGACCACCACUGAAUGUGGACAUCAGCAGACCCCUCAGCACCUUUGCCAUCCCUCAGCCCCAGUCACCCCAGCGAGUGCUCCCACCCCUCCACCAGACCCCUCGGGUACCGGGUGGCCCUGCCAGACCCCUGCCAGCCAAUCCUGCACUGAGGCAGGCCCAGGGGCUUAAUAAGCCAAACCCACCUCAGAAGCCUCUGCCCGCCAACCCUUUGAACAGAACAACUCGGCUCUCUAAUGCUGCAGGGAAGACACCGGGGCAGCAGGAGCCUGGGUUUCGCCCAGCACCCCUUAGACCUGCUCCUAAAUAUCCACACCAAGUGCCCAGAUCCACGCAUACUGCCUACAUUAAGUGAGAAGCAAGUUGAUGCCUUUUUCUCAACAGUGAAGACAGAAGUUUGCACUAUCUUUCAACUCCAGUUGGAGUGAUUUUUUUUGUACCAACUUUUAGAACUUUUUAAAUUUAAAAAAACCAUUAUUUCAAGAACUUUGAGCUACUGCCGUCGGUGCUGUGCUGUGCUAUGGUGCUCUGUAUACUUGCUCAGGAACUUGUAAAUUAUUAUUUAUGCAGAAUGUUUAUUACAGUGCAGUGCACUGUAGUAGGCAUUUUUACCAUCACUGAGUUUUCCAUGGAAGGAAGGCUUGUGCUUUUAAUAUUUUAGUGAACUUGAAAUAUCCCGCUUGAUAGGAUUCUGGACACGAUGUUUACUUUCUGAUCAAGGUGUUCUUGGGAACCAGUCACCCAGCUGCCCUCAGCUGCAGUUACAGUACCUGACACGGUUCAACAGAGCCCAGGUAGAACUCCGAGUGAUUUUUGUGGAAUUGCUAGCUUGGGCCUGAACUGGAGGCUGCAAAUCCAGGCUGUCUGUGGCCUCCAGGGAGGUCCUGGAUCCUGGCAAACUGAUAGGCCCCCAGAACAAAAGAGAAGGAUCUGGUUUCUGGUCAGGAUGUUUUGGAGUGAACCUGGGUUGCAGACAGGAACUUUGAGGUGUGGCCCCACCAAGACAGACUCUGGAGUGCCAGACCAGGCAGCAACUUGACCUGCAGCUGACCAGCCUUGAGCACAUUUGGACAGCAGACAAAGAAGAGAUCUGUAGUUUUGCUCAUGGUUUCGCUACAUAGACACAUUCAGAACUUCUUUUUCUGGCUUCCCUUUACAGUGUGCUGGCAUCAGCAUAUUAUUUAGAUUGGGAAUGGUGGUGUUUCCACAAGGAAGCCACUGCAAACCUCCAUCUCCCUGUACUGUUUGGAGCUAAGCAAAUUACCACAUUAUCUUCUCCACUGUAAUACAAUGACCUUGUGUUCAGACAGACAUAUGAGGCUUUCCAUGGGACUGUAAUGAUUUUCAGAUGUAAAGUAGUAACCAGAUCUAGUCAAUCAAUGCUUUAGAUAAAAAUCUCCUUUUACUGAAAGGUUCAACUUAUUAAAAAUGAGAAUCCCUAUGCUUGCAAAAACUACAGCAAAAUGAAAUGCUGUUCUCAUGGUACAGCCUAGUCUACCUACUCAUGGUAUAUAUUGGACAAAGAACCCUUAAAUUCUCUGUAGCACAUUCUAUUUUCUCAGCUAGACUUUAGGAAUCUUGAAAAGAUGUUUUCAAUAUAGUAUGAAGCCUUAACAUUUACAACAUACCUGUUGAGCAUCACAAAACAGUAAAAGGAAAAUCAUUUUCCUGAUCAUCCACAUUCACGCAAAGCAGGGCUGGGCAAGUGGCCUCUUCAAUGGUUUACUCUGCCAAUAUCUCCAAUGGUUUACUAGGAGCCAUUCCCACAAGAUGAUUUUCAAGAUGCCUGAAGGCAAUGGCAUUAGCAUAUAAAGAUGCUCAGAUAAUGCAAAAUGCCAUCCUGCCUCUCCCUGGUUCUGGUGAGGCCAUACAUGACUAGUUUUCAUAUGAGAUGGCAAUUGACAGCAGUCCUAUAAUUCACUCUGAGUGUUUUAUGAUAAGACUUUAAGAGUUAUUUCAAUGGUUUUCCUAUGCUUUGAAGCAGAAAGAAAAAUACAUACUAAGAAUCUUGGUUUGUCUUCCAAAGAGCAAAACUGCAUUUCACUUUACCCACGCUCCACUGUAUCCAAGCAACAUAGUAUUCAUAACUGUGGAUAAAUAAAUCUGUGUCACAAACACACACACAAAGGGAAUCCAGUUUUAAUACAUUCCAGCUCUUAUAGCAUGCAUCUGUUGAGUAUACAAUUAUUUUCUUAAAAAUGUAAAGCCAUGGUAGAUGAUAUUACUGCUGAUGAGAUACAUAUAGAAUUAAUGUAACUGUUGUUACAUUCGGUAAUUGUAUUAAGGCCAAAACAUAAUAUUGAAAAGGUUUACAGUUUUUUAUGGUGCAUUAUGUGGGCAUUGUCUUUCUAGAUGCCCAAAUCCUUAGAUAUGACAUUUUAGACCCUUCUAUUGUAAGUAGAAGGAUAUGGAUGGACUUUCAUUUAUUCUUUCUUAACUGUAAGUCCUGUGCUUUUAAAAACCAGGAACAGUUUGAUAUUGACAGAGGUUAAAACUGUGAUCCUACAUCAUGUCAUCAAUGGCCACUUAGGGGCUGUGGCUAGUGACAUAUUCUUCUCUCUACAAUAUGAUAACUUUUAUAGAGCCAGGCAGUUUAUUUCUGAAUAAAGAGCAAUAUUUAGCAAAUGAAACAUAUAUAGCAAUAACAUCCAUGUUAAUGUAACUUAGGAGCCAAUGACCAGGAUGAU